AUGAUUAGGCCUCGCUCCCCCUGCGGGCCAAGGAAGGACAACAAGCCGAAGAUGGCGGUUCUUCCAGCCUCUGCAGCGGCGGCGGCAGCGGCGGCUUCCGAGCAGCAAAGCUCAAAUGGCCCCGUGAAGAAAUCGAUGCGAGAAAAAGCCGUGGAACGCAGAAAUAUUAACAAAGAGCAUAACAGUAACUUCAAGGCGGGAUACAUACCGAUUGAUGAAGGCCGUCUACACAAAACUGGCUUGCGAGGCAGAAAAGGCAACUUGGCGAUUUGUGUGCUGGUCCUCCUUUUUAUCUUGGCUGUUGUUAAUUUAAUUAUCACCUUCAUAAUUUGGACCGUAAUUCGCAUUGGACCCAAUGGCUGUGAUAGCAUGGAAUUUCACGAUAGCGGAUUACUGCGGUUUAAACAAGAUUCUGAUAUGGGGAUUAUACAUCCACUGUAUAAGAGCACAGUAGGAGGUCGACGGAACGAAGAUUUGGUGAUUGUGGGAGAAAAUCAGCCAAUUGUAUUUCAGCAGGGGGAAACGAAACUUAGCGUGGAGAAAAACAAAACUUCAAUCACCAGUGAUAUCGGAAUGGAAUUUGUUGACCCACGAACUCAAAACACUUUGUUUAGCACUGACUACAAUACCCAUGAGUUUCAUUUGCCAAGUGGCGUAAAAAUUUUAAAUGUGCAAAAAGCAUCUACAGAAAGGAUUACAAGCAAUGCCACCAGUGAUCUCAAUAUAAAAGUUGAUGGGCGUGCUAUUGUCCGUGGAAAUGAAGGAGUGUUUAUUACGGGCAAAACUAUUAAGUUUUCCAUGGGACGCAACUUGGAACUGAAAGCAGACAACUCCAUUAUCCUGAAUGGAAGUAUGAUGAUCAACGUAUCCCGACUGCCAAAUUCUUCUCACAAGGAACAAUUUAACAAUGGUGACUGGGAACGUUACAAACUUUGCGUAUGUUCUGAUGGGACCUUAUUCCGUAUUCCAGUCAAGAGCCACAAUAUGGGUUGUCAAACCGCCACGAACCCAUGUGGCAAUACGUAUUAGAGGCGAACGUGGGUACUGUGGAAAAGAAAAAUCACUAUAUUUAAGUUCAAGCCACUGCAUGUUUGCGAGGAUGUUUUUAGUUAUUUGUAGAAAUAUUAAAUGGAAGCACUUCUCCUGCACAGA